AUGACCUAUCGCACCACUCUGGACCUGCUCUUCAAAUCCCAAGAAUUUGUCCCUAACUACAGAUGUGAUAGCCAGAAGAAUCUCAUGGCCAUCAUUGGAGGAUUGGAUGCUCCUACUUCAUCCUACAUGAUGCAAACUAUAAAUAUUUUCAAGAUUCCACAGUUGACUUAUGGCUCUUUUGCACAUGAAGAGUUUCACAGUACCAAAUUAUCUUCACUUUACUGCAUGGUCCCAAAUGAGGACUAUCAGUACACUGGAGUUAUACAACUUUUCCUCCAUUUUGGAUGGACGUGGAUUGGAGUCUUUGCUUUUGAAACUAAGGGAGAACAUUUUUUGCAGAAAAUGCAGCCGUUGUUUUCACAGAACGGGAUCUGUUUAGCUUUCACACAAAAAAUUCCGCAACAUCUCCACUUGGAAGAUUUCCCAGAAUUGUUAGAUUCAGUCUCAAUUAUUUCAAAUAAAUUGAGGGAUCGAAAAGCGAAUGUUUUUCUUGUCUACGGAGAAUCCUUCACAACAGUGUGGCUCAGUUUUGUCAUGUUUCUACGUGAUCCUGAAAAUAAAGAGAGCGCAUUGUUUAGGAAGGUUUGGAUCCUGAUGAAUCCGAUUGAUUUCAUCCUGACGGGAACUCAAAGGAGUUGGGAUCUCCAGGUGUACCAUGGGGCUCUUUCCUUUACUGUGCAUUCAAGAGAAGUUCGAGGCUUCAAAGAAUUUCUUCAAGUCCUCAAACCUUCAACCCAGAAAGAUGCAUUUCUUCAAGAAGUUUGGCAACAAUUGUUUGACUGUAUAUUUUCAAAGACAGACUUCCCUUCAACUAUCAGUGGAACUUGUAGUGGGGAAGAGAAUUUGGAGGAUCUGCCUACACCAUUUUUUGAAUUUCAGAUGACUGGCCAAAGCUAUAGUAUCUACAAUGCUGUUUAUGCAGUGGCACAUUCUUUGCAUGAGGCAGUGACAUCAAGACCCAAAUGGACAAAAAUUCAAAGGGCCGAAUUUCCAGAUCUGCAGCCUUGGCAGAUUCAUUGGCUUUUCUUUCCAGAUGCGGAUGACUGUUUUGAAUGUUCACAAGAUCAUUAUCCAAAUAAAGAAAAGAAAGGAUGUAUCCUGAAACUGCUGGUCUUUCUAAAUUUCGAAGAACCCUUAGGAAUUAGCUUGGUCUCCGCAGCUCUUUGUUUCUUCUUCUUGACAUCUUGGAUACUUGGAACAUUUAUGAAGCACAGGGAUACUCCCAUUGUCAAAGCCAACAACCGGUCGCUCACCUACACCCUCCUUGUCUCUCUUCUGCUCUGUUUUCUCUCCUCUUUGCUUUUCCUCAGCCAACCUGGCAAAGUGACCUGCCUUCUCCGACAACCAACAUUUGGCAUCACUUUCUCAGUGGCCAUUUCUAGUGUACUAGCCAAAACCAUCACUGUGGUUGUGGCUUUCAUGGCCACUAAACCAGGAUCUCAGAUGAGGAGAUGGGUGGGGAAAAGAUUGCCUUUUUCUAUUGUCCUUUCCUGCUCUCUCUUACAAGUAUGUGUUUGUAUACUUUGGUUGUCAACAUCACCUCCAUUCCCUGAGUUGGACAUGCACUCAGAGCUCCAAGAAAUGAUUUUACAGUGCAAUGAGGGGUCAGCUUUCUUCUUCUACUGUGUCUUGGGCUACAUGGGAAUCUUGGCCAUCUCCAGCUUUAUUGUGGCUUUCCUUGCCCGUAAAUUACCUGACAGCUUUAAUGAAGCCAAGUUCAUCACCUUCAGCAUGUUGGCCUUUUGCAGUGUGUGGAUCUCCUUCUUUCCAGCCUAUCUGAGCACAAAAGGCAAAGCCAUGGUAGCUGUGGAGGUCUUCUCCAUCUUGUCCUCCAGUGCUGCAUUACUGGGAUGCAUAUUCCUGCCCAAAUGCUACAUCAUUGUUUUGCGGCCUGACCUCAACCACCGGGAGCAACUCAUAAGGCGGAAUUAGCACAUCAUGUGUUCUUUCUGGCUACGGAAAAUGAUUAACAAAAAAGAGUAGAGAGCCUGCUUUCUACAGGAAAUUAUAGACAUAAUUAUUUCUAUCAAACAAGAUUUUAUAUACCAGUAUGAUUGGGUUUAUUAUUAAAACAUAUUGUUGCCUAUUCCAAAUGAAGUACUCAUUUUCCUACAUUUUCAGACAUUCUCCAAAAUUGUUUAACCUAACCCUUUUUUCCUUUGAAUACAUCAAGCUAACAAGAUUUUGAGCAUCUAUCUCUUUAUAUUCUUAGGAGAUUUGAGCUCUUUACUUUAAGGAUAUCUAAAAGUUUGCAGCUUUCAGUUCAUGGUGUUUAUAGCUUCACUUUAUAAACCACUGUAUAAAUAUGGGGGAAAGCUAAUGAAUAUUUUAUGGAUGUGUAUUUAACACAGUAUUGUAGGGUAUCCAUUUUGAAUUGAUUGGUCUUCUUUGAAAUGUAAAAGUUAGAAUUUUUUUUUGAACAUUUAACAUACAUUUAACUGUGUUUUUGAAAAAGCUUUCACAAAGGGUCAAAACUAUUCAUUCGCCAUCCACCAAUGUCUUUCUACUGUACUUAAUCAUCCAAUUUUAAUAAUGUUGCAAUUUAGAGGCAUUAUAUAAAACAUAGUCUUCCAUCUAACACAAUCCAAUAAAAGCAUAUGCUGGCCGUUGGCCAUAACAA